GCAAUAAAGCGUAAAUGAAACUUAUUUUUUUUUACUUUUUAUGUAUUUUAAUAAACUCUUAAUGGCCUUACAACAUAAAAUAUAACAUAUAUUCAAAUGAAAAUCAACGUCAGGCUUGCGUUUUGUUUUGGAAGCGAUAAGGACGUGAAGUAACGAACGUGUGGCCCGAUGCCGUCACUCCUAAUCCAACAUGGCACUUUCGUGUUCUCUAUUUACACUUUCACCGUGAUAAAGCGUCGCCGCGCAGCCGAGGAACUAGCUCUGUCGCGUUUUUAAGCAUCAUGUAAUAAGAAUAACCACUUUGACAACGUCGUGGUCCGCCUUCCGUCGGUUUAAUUGUUCGGUAGCCCCCAGGAAGUAUCCUGGACCCGAGCGACUGUUCAAACGCCCACCGAGGAGCCUCUUCCCACUUCGUCCAGGAUCUAAUGCUCCACCAUCAUGGAUCACAAGGACUCUGUCAGCAUCCGAGUGUUCUCUCUCAACUGCUGGGGGGUGCGCUACCUGAGCAAGCACUGCGCUCAGCGGUACGCCAUGAUCGCAGACAUGCUGCACCAUGAAAAGCACGACGUGGUCCUCCUGCAAGAAGUGUGGAGUGAAAAAGACUACCUCUUCCUGAGGAAGAAGUUGGCCAGUAGCCACGUUCACUCGCAUUACUUUAAGAGUGGAGUCAUCGGCAGCGGAUUGGCCAUUUUCUCCAAGCACAGAAUUCAAGACACGCUUCUUUACCGCUAUUCCCUUAAUGGGUACCCGUACAUGGCUCACCACGGGGAUUGGUUCGGAGGCAAAGCUGUGGGCCUGGCCGUCGUAAACAUCAGCACGCUGACCGCCAACUUCUACCUGACUCACCUGCACGCCGAGUACUGUCGGGAGAGGGACGCCUAUCUGCCUCACAGGGUGGUCCAGUCCUGGGAGCUGCAGCAGUUCAUCCGCCACACGUCCGCCGGCGCCGACGUGGUGGUCCUCGGCGGCGACCUCAACAUGCACCCUCGGGACCUCGGCAACAAGCUGCUGACGUCCUACACGGGACUGCGGGACGCGUACACCGAGACCGACGCCUUUGACGGAUGUGAAGACGGUCUGACUCUCAUACUGGACAACCCUUUCAUCAGCCAGAAAGUGAUCGCUCCCUUCAAGAAAGGCAUCAGGAUCGACUACAUCCUCUUUAAGGGUUCGAGCAAAGCCAGCAUCCAGUGCGCGUCCAUGUGCACCACCAAAGGCUCCGUCCCGGGAAAGGCUUUCCCCUACUCGGACCACGAGGCUCUGACGGCCGAGUUCAGACUUGACGUGCUCGCUCCGAGUGAGGCCGGGGGAGACUUUCGGACGAGGAGUCAUGAUUGUGCAGGAGGGGAUGUGGCCAGACUGGUGGACAUACUGACGGAGGCCCGCACUGAGGUAAAAGUGGGCGUGCACUGCGCGGAACGGAUGCGCUACACGGCGGCCCGCACGGGCGCCAUGGGCCUGGCGCUGCUCCUGCUGGAGCUGGCCAUCGCGGCCGUGCCCUGGCUGGCGCUGGGCGCCGAGCAGGCCUUCCCGCUCACCUCCUUCUGCCUGCUGGCGGCACUGUGCUUCGCCAUCCUGCUGUGCACCUCGCUGCUCUACGUCUUCUACUCCAUGGAGCUCAAGUCCCUACAGGGCACCGAGGACCAGAUGAGGCUGGCCGUGGGAGGCCUGCAGGAGAAGCUGCGGGGCUUCCCCGUGGCCAAGCUCCCGGGGUGUCCGCAGCCCGGCGGCGGGUUGCAUGUGGAGGAAUAACGGGCCAAUGGAAAUCUUAUCCGUCCAUUUCAGAUACCACUUAUCUUAAACGUCGUUACAGGAAAGCUGUGCCGGCGCAACCAUUCACACUCACGCCAACCUAACCUUUUUAUUGACGCAAAUACAUAACAGUUCAAGUAGAAUGUUUUGACACACUUUCCCAUUUAGAAAGUUGAUCAAAACUUUGACACAUUUGCGAUGCAUUGAACAGGUUUAACAUUUUUGAUUGUCAGCCACGACCAUGGGUAAAUUCCCAAAUUGAGUCAGAUUGUCGUGUGUGGACCAGAAACGUUUUGACACACUUUUCCAUUUAGAAAGUAUAAAAACCUUUCACAUAUUAGGAUUUGCUAUUUUAAAUGCUGAACAAAUUUAACAUGAGCAAUUGUUGCCCUGACUGUUUUUAAGGCUGAUCAGGGCAAGGAAAAAACAGCCACUUAAAAACAUAACCCACAGCACAGGAUAAUCAUUCGUUUGCCCCAGAUGUUUUCUGAACAGAUUGGUGAGGAAGAAAUAAGUUAACACACCCCACAUCACAGGAUCGCUCAGGAUAAUCCUUCACAGACAUCCAACAAUUGGGCCUUAAGUAAAGUAAUAAAUGAAAACAUUUACUUACCUGCCCAAUUGUUAGGAAAAGAUGCACGCUCUACAUGCAAAAGCUAACCACCGUAGAGCCUCCCAAUUUAAAUAUAUAACCACCAUUCAAAUGUUUUUAAUGCUCUUGAAUCAUUUAUCCACCUUUUUAUGCUCCUUGUAGUAAUUUGUUUUUUAAAGGCCAUCAAUGCAACUUUCAUUCCGCCCAUCCAACGCUUUGAGGGGGACCACGUACAGUAUUCCCAUUGCUGCGUUUACAUAAUACAAUGAUUUUUAUACGAUAAGGUAAAUCUAAUGUACACUUUGUGAUUUGAUCCUUGGAAUCUCUGGACAAUAUGUGGAAAAAAAAAAUGUCAAUGGUUGUGUAAUUUCAACUGAGCAUUAGCAGGCAGUCCACUUGUUAGUUAAUCGAGCUCAACCGCUUGCUUACAGUAGGAACUACAUAAUGGUCCACAUGGCUGAGCCAAAACUUUUACCGAAAUUAUUUCAAUGCUUAAGCUUUCAGGAAAUUGUAAGAAAAUGAUUUAGUUUUUUUAAUAUCCUUAUUUUACAUGAGAUUCAUUCCAACUUAAUACUGUAUUUUGGAUGAUGUUGAUGCAAAAAUAAAGUCAUGAUUUCUUUCUUGAGUCACCACUUGAGGGCAGCUUCAA